AUGACUGACGUCCACAUUCAGAUUGCCGGCCACACUCCCACACAUCUCCUUGUCUAUCCAUUACUACCAAGUCCAGGUGCAACUUACAGAGGUCCACAAAAAUUCGGCCUUCAGAGAUGCCAUGGUGGUGCUGCCCUCAUUGCGGACCUUUUGCGUGCCUCCGCUGGGGAACACCAUCACCACGUACACGGCCCGGCGUUAGAGGUCUCCAAAGGCCAUUCCGUUGAGCACUCAGCUUCUGCUAUCACGGAAUUGGAACUCUUUAGCGGCGGAGACCGUCAGUUGGCGAGCUAUAAAGUGAAGCACAGCCGACCACUCGACACAAACCCCGUAUGGCACCCUCCUCAACUCUCGCCCAAGACGAAUGGCAAAGUGAGCAUCCUCAUCUUUCAAGAUGCCGAACCUGGCUUCAGCAAAUCCGACGAGGCUGAGGCAGUGACAUUCUUUCGCAGGAGCCGUCCAGAGACCCUGAUCUACCACAUGGCUUGUCCCCUUGGGACUGGGGAAAUCUGGGAUGCUGUUCGUCGUGGGCCGUAUACAAGGGAUGGUUCACAAGACCCCGAAAAGCUCAUUGUUGUCGUCAGCGCAGAGCAUCUUCGCGCCGAGGGGAUAGAAUUGUACCACGGCCUCUCUUGGGAAAAAACGUGUGAGGACUUCGUCGAAAAGCUCGGCUCCAAAGGCCAACUGGAUACCUUGGCCACUUGCGCCAAUCUCCUCGUUCUUUUUGGGUGUGACGGGGUGAUCUUUCACCGUGGUCGGCAGAUGGAGGAACCAACUCUGUUCUUUGACCCUCUGGGAGUAGAGGGUGAGUUCAGCAGGCGACAUAUCGGACCUGUUCCGGGAGUCCUGGAAGCUUUCAUUGGAGGUCUAGCUACUGAGAUAGCACGCUCUCCUCCCGGGGCAGCCCUUAAUGAAGCUAUCAGUUUCGGCUUCAUCGCUGCCCGACGCCUAGCAAAGCUGGGAUUCAGGGCCAGCGAGGUCCCCAGGUGGCCUAGAUAUCCCGUCGCGGACAUCAUCAAGAAAACGACACUUUCCGAUGAGGCGCCAAUCACACUUGAGAUUCCAUCUGAGAGCAUUUCCCGCGGGGAGAACCGGCAUUGGUCCAUUCUGCACCACAACAUUGGAGACCCUGUGCAAGUGGCGUGCCAUAUUGUGACCAAAGGGACAUACUCUGCUGCGAAUUGGGUUCCUAUCACCAGCUUUGGGCGUCUCCUGGUGCUUGACAGGUGGGAAACUGAAGGGUUCCGUAAUAUCUUCAAUGCCAUUUAUGAAUAUCUGUCAGCUCCCCAAAUCAAACCACUCAACAUCGGAAUAUUCGGAUCUCGAGGGUCUGGAAAGUCCUUUGCUACCGGCCAAGUCGCAGAAGCUGCAGCCUCUGCGGCACGAAGCGGCAUCAAGAUCCAACACCUGCGUUUCAACCUGACCCAAUUCACCAAUCCUGAAGAUCUCUCCGUUGCUUUUAACAAAGUGCGAGAAUCCAACCUUUCGGGAUUUUUGCCUUUGGUCUACAUCAAUGCUUUUGACGCCGAACUCUCGGGCCGUCCCCUGGGGUGGCUAGCCCACUUGUUGCCUCCUAUGCAUGGAGGCCGGAUUCAAGAUCGUGGCGAGCUGCAACAUGUUGGCCCUGCAAUCAUUCUUCUAGGGUCUAGCUUCACGACCUCGUUGGAAAAAUUCAAGGACUUCUCCAAGGAUAAUAGCGAAGACCGCAAGGUGCUGCCGAGAGCGCAAGAAUUCCUCAGUUGCUUGCAUGCUUUUGUCAAUGUGAUUGGCCUCGAUAAAGUCGAUGAGCCCGACGUCUUGUAUCCCGUACGAAGGGCGGUGGUGCUUCGAGCCUUGUUGGAAGAAAGAGAACCAAAACUGAAGAUGGGAGAAGGUAUUUCUAUCGAUCAGAGCGUCCUAGACGGGCUUCUCCUGACCCCAACCUACCGACAUGGGCUUCGGUCCCUGAAGGCUAUAAUUGCCCUGAGUAAAGUUACUGGUAAGCGCCAUUUCGAACGAGCGGCACUGCCACCAGAGGCGCAGUUAGGCCUGCAUCUCGAUUACCCGACGUUCAUGGAGUGUUCACGAUACAACACGAUGUCAGUCCGUCUCAGAGAGUCCAUUUCCGAGAAAUUGCACGAUGUCUAUGUCGAAAUAAGGAGAGGGAUGGCCGUGACGGCCGAAGAGAAGCAGGCUCUAGCAAAGGACCUUUCAUUGGUUCCGUGGGCGUCAUUAACGGAAGAACUGAGAGAGUCGACGCGUGCUCAUACCGUUGACAUACCUCGGAAGCUCCGCAUGAUAUCUUGUUUCCUGGCUGAAGUAGAUGGUCCCCGCGAAGCUGUUGUCAGCUUCAGCGACGACGAGUUAACCUUCUUAGCCGAGAAAGAGCACGAGCGAUGGAACGCUGAACGCUUGCAGAAUCAGUGGCAUCAGGGCAAACGAGAUGCGCAGCAGCGGACGAGCCCCUUUCUGAUUCCCUGGAGAGAUCUUGCUCAGAAAUGGCGGAAUGUUGAUCGCGAAAUGGUCAAGUCUUAUCCCACAAUUUUACCACCGAACUACAAAAUCUACCGCAUUGGGAAGGUCGAAAAGACGAAGCUCUCUGAGUCGACCUCAGCUUGGAAACGGACAGCGAUGACGUGGUAG